GGGAGGCAGCAGCAGUUGGAGGGCUUGGCUGAGCGCAGUAGACGUAGCCUCGGCGCGGCGGGAACGGCGGCCUAGGUGACCCGACUUCGCGGCGCCCGGACCUGAGCCGGUCCUCAGACGGCGGCCGCGGUGCCCGAGUGCUUCCCGGGGACCCCGGGCGGCGGCGCGAGCCCCGGAGAGGAGGGGGCGGUCCUGCGUGCGGAGGAGCGGGAGGCUCUUGCACCCCCCCACCCCCCCAGCCUUCCUCCUCACCGAACUCUCUAAAAAUGACUCCGGCCCGCUGGGGCCGGGAGGAGCCGCAGCCGCAGUGCCGGAGAGCAGCCGGGAAGGCGUGUAGAGCCAGGGUCCGGAGGGAACCUUCCGGUCGCGCGGCGCGAAGUUGGCGGAGGAAGCAGGAGCUCCCGGCCGCCGGGCGCCGCGCGACCCUCGCUCCGCCGACCCGCCACCGCCGAGGUUUGGCUGAUUGGGCCGAGACAGGCGGGGGGCGGGCGGGCAGAGCGCGCAGGGCGGAGGCGGCGGCCGAGGGCGCAGAGACACCCCGGCCCGGGCCGCGGGGGCAGAUGGUGUCCUAUGUGGAUAACAGCUUCCGCCAGGCGGUGAUGAAGAACCCGGCCGAGAGGACUCCCCAGUUCCUGACUGGAUAAUGACGCAUGCUCGUAAGCGUUGGGAUGGUGACUACAGGGGAUCCUGCUGCCAACCGUCUUAAGACAAAUAAGCCUUCCUGAUCCUUGGGACCAUCAGACACUUAGGAUCUAACGCUUGAAAGAGUUGCUUCGCUUGUUAGGUAUUGGAUGCCAUUUGUUCAAAUCCAAAUGCUCUCCUUUUCUGCCGCUGUUAUUAUUUAAUGAGGGGAGAAGAGAAUAAAAUAGACUCUUCCACUGGCUGCCCUUGGACAAGGCCCAGGAAUGGCAACUGGUACCGUUUUUUAUUUUUUAUUUUUUUCUGAUGGAGCCGUCACAUCUGGGGAUCGUAGAUAGAUUGCACAUAUUCACCAAACGUGUGGAAGAUGGAUGAUAAUUUUACAAGCAAAAUUCAUUUCACAUUGUCUCCAGAAAGUUCCUAUUCUAAAGGGUUGCUUUAUCAAAAACAAGGAAUAUCCUGCUUUGGUCGUGUUGCACUGCCUCUCAUGUGCCUUCUGCAUCUGUUUGUUUUACAGUUGUCAAUCAGUCAGUCUUCUGCAUCUGAAAAUGCACGUUCCAGGGCUUCCCUGGUGGUGCAGUGGUUGGGAAUCCGCCUACCAGUGCAGGGGACACUGGUUCGAUCCCUGGUCCAGGAAGAUCCCACAUGCCACAGAGCAACUAAGCCCGUGUGCCACAACUACUGAGCCUGAGCUCUAGAGCCCGUGAGCCACAACUACUGAGCCCACGUGCCACAACUACUGAAGCCCUCGCACUUAGAGCCUGUGCUCUGCAACGAGAAGCCACCACAGUGAGAAGCCCGCGCACCACAGCGAAGAGUAGCCCCCGCUCGCCGCAACUAGAGGAAGCCUGCGCCCAGCAGCGAAGACCCAACGCAGCCAAAAAUAAAUAAUAAAUUAAAUAAAUAAAUAAAAGAAAAUGCAGGUUCCCAGUCACAGUGUGAUGGAAAAGCAAAUUUCAGUGAAAUGUUUCAAUGCCUUUCAGUGUUUGAAGUUCCUAGUGAAAUCACACAUGCUGAGAAUGUUAGAACCUAGCAAGUUGGGUCAGAAAUCAUGUCAAAGACCUUUAGUGGAAAUUAGAGAGCCGGGAACUGGUGUCUUUGGUUGGUUGAUUAGAAUAAUAAUGACUCGAAUGGGGGGGGGUCACCAAACAAGACUUGAAGAGACAAAACCUCCACUGUGACGGCGUGUGGAUUGUGCCAAAGAAAUGAACUGUUAAACUUUCCUGUUUCCAUGCCGGUUGUGGAGAACAGAGUGAAAACCGACCAGCACAGAACUUGGCCUGAGUCAGAAGUGGGCCAGUUACUACUGACACGGCAACGUGAAAGCUUCCCUGACGGUCUGAAAGCAGCACAUUUCCUCCCACCACACCUUCACAGAGCAAGUCACCUUAGAGAAACCUACCAAACAUUUUGAAUAUUCAGUUUAAAAGCAAGCUUUGAAAGUCAAGAUUUCUUCCAGAGUUAACCCCACUUCCACACUCCCAGGCUGUGCAACCAUGACUUCUCUGGCACAAAGAGGCAAGACAACAGAGAAAUUAAAGGAGGUUCCACCCACACUCUUCAGGAACCUCUUUUCCUGGUCCUCUGGCUAGAAAUCAGGUGUUUGUGUCUGAGCUUUUGCUGCAUGCUUAUGCUGUGCAGAUCAGAGAACUGAGUCUUCCUUCAAUUCAGUCAGUGCCAGGAAGGAGCAGAGGAAAAAUAAUUCCACCAACUCACCUCCACUGUGGAUGGAGCAGAUGAACUCACUGGGGAAACACUGCGUGAAAGCAGAUUCCAUGUUUCUGAGAAGAUAAAAGGAAAGGACAUUCUUUACCCUUGGCAUGAGCAAACUCAGAACCUGCCAAAGUGUUCUAGAGGGGAGUCUCCAGGUGCAGAGGGCAGUUCUCAUUCCAAUUCCACUUCUUUGAAGGUUUUCUGGAUAACCCCCAUUACCAUCAAGGUGACCACAGGUGAAAGGCUUGCUGAACCAGUUAACUGGACUAUUUACAAUGGAUUGCCAAGAUAAAGAUUGCAGAUGCCACCUAUUAAGGCAGCGACAACCUUCACAUUUAAGGGCUUCCUCUCUCCCCUCGAGGCCCCCCGGGGAUCGCAGGAGCCAGGAGUUUGGGGCCGGUUUCCAUUCGCCUCUGGACCCACCUGGAGGGCAGAGGCAGGGCUUUGAGGAAGGUCAGCGGAGGCCACGGUCUGCGGCAACCUGGGCGUUCCCCGCGUUCCCGGGCGCGCGCUCUCUGUUCGCCCUCAUUCCCGAGGCUCGCUCCGGUAGCCGGCGCCUCCUGCUCAGUCCCGAGGAAGCCAUGGCCAAGUCCAGGGGUCGUCUGCACCUCGGGAUGUGCUUGGCUGCAGCGCUGGCAUCUUUCCUGGGUGGAUUUAUGGUGGGCUGGCUUAGUAAGCCUCUCAAAGAAACAGCCACUUCAGUGGACACUCACCAAAAUCUAAGGUGGAAACUGGUAUCUGAGAUGAAAGCUGAAAAUAUUAAAUCAUUUCUCCGUUCUUUUACAGAGCUACCUCAUCUGGCAGGAACAGAACAAAAUUUGCUGCUGGCCAAGAAAAUCCAAACCCAGUGGAAGAAAUCUGGACUGGAUUCAGCCAAGUUGGUUCAUUAUGAUGUUCUCCUGUCUUACCCUAAUGAGACAAAUGCCAACUACAUAUCAAUCACGGAUGAACAUGGAAAUGAGAUUUUCAAUACAUCAUACCAUGAGCCACCACCAGAUGGAUAUGAAAAUGUUAAAAAUAUUGUACCACCCUAUAAUGCCUUUUCACCGCAGGGCACACCAGAGGGGGAGCUUGUAUAUGUGAACUACGCUCGUACUGAAGACUUUUUCAAACUAGAAAGAGAGAUGAACAUCAACUGCACUGGAAAAAUUGUUAUUGCAAGAUAUGGGAAAAUCUUCAGAGGAAAUAAAGUUAAAAAUGCCAUGUUAGCAAGAGCCAAAGGAAUCAUCUUGUACUCAGAUCCAGCUGACUACUCUGCCCCUGGGGUACAGCCAUACCCAAAAGGAUGGAACCUUCCUGGAACUGCAGCCCAGAGAGGGAAUGUGUUAAACUUGAAUGGUGCUGGUGACCCGCUCACUCCAGGCUAUCCAGCUAAAGAGUACACCUUCAGACUUGAUGUUGAAGAAGGAGUGGGAAUCCCUCAAAUCCCUGUACAUCCCAUUGGAUAUAAUGAUGCAGAAAUAUUAUUACGCUAUUUGGGAGGAACUGCUCCACCAGAUGAAAGCUGGAAGGGAAGUCUUAAGGUGAAUUAUAAUAUCGGGCCUGGCUUCAUAGGGCAUGAUUCUUUCAGGAAGGUUAGAAUGCAUGUUCAUAACAUCAAUAAAAUCACAAGGAUUUACAAUGUAAUCGGAACUAUCAGAGGAUCUGUGGAACCUGACAGGUAUGUUAUUCUGGGAGGUCAUCGGGACUCCUGGGUAUUUGGAGGUAUUGACCCAACCAGUGGGGCUUCUGUUUUGCAAGAAGUUGUUCAGAGUUUUGGCAAACUGAUGAGUAGAGGCUGGAGACCAAGAAGAACUAUCAUUUUUGCCAGCUGGGAUGCAGAAGAAUUUGGACUUCUGGGUUCCACAGAAUGGGCUGAGGAGAAUGUAAAAUCACUUCAGGAGAGAAGUGUUGCUUAUAUCAACUCAGAUUCAUCUAUAGAAGGCAAUUAUACUCUCAGAGUUGACUGUACACCCCUUCUUUACCAAUUGGUGUAUAAACUGACAAAAGAGAUCUCCAGCCCGGAUGAUGGUUUUGAGAGUAAAUCUCUUUAUGAAAGCUGGUUAGAAAAGGACCCUUCAUCUGAAAAUAAAACUUUGCCUAGAAUCAACAAGCUGGGAUCUGGAAGUGAUUUUGAAGCUUAUUUUCAGAGACUUGGAAUUGCUGCAGGAAGAGUCCGGUACACUAAGAAUAGGAAAACAGAUAAUUACAGCAGCUAUCCAACAUACCAUACAAUUUACGAGACAUUUGAAUUGGUAGAGAAUUUUUAUGACCCCACGUUUAAAAAACAGCUUGCUGUAGCUCAAUUACGAGGAGCACUGGUUUAUGAGCUUGCAGACUCUAAAAUCAUUCCUUUCAACAUUCAAGACUAUGCAAAAACUUUGGAAAACUAUGCAACAGAUAUCUACAGUUUAUCCAAGAAAUAUGACCAACAAUUAAGAGACCAUCAAGUAUCAUUUGAUUCCUUAUUUUCUGCUGUGAAAAACUUCUCAAAGUCCGCUUCAGAUUUUCAUAGAAGACUUUCACAAGUUGAUCUGAAUAACCCCACUGCAGUGAGAAUUAUGAAUGACCAACUGAUGUUCCUGGAAAGAGCAUUCAUCGAUCCCCUUGGUUUACCAGGGAGGCCAUUCUAUAGGCACGUCAUCUUUGCUCCAAGCAGCCACAACAAAUAUGCUGGCCAAUCAUUUCCUGGCAUCUUUGAUGCUCUAUUUGAUAUUGAAAAUAAAGCCGAUCCUCGUUCAGCCUGGAAAGAAGUAAAGAAACACAUUUCAAUUGCAGCCUUUACAAUUCAAGCAGCAGCAGGGACUCUGAAAGAGGUGUUAGAGUAAGGUCUCAGCCAACUGGCUGCCAUUAAAAGUCUGAGGAUAAAAUCCGUCUUUCUUUCUGAUAACACAUGAAGCCAGAGCAUGCUAAAGUCUUGCUUUUCAUGUCAUGUUUUGACUUUAGACUUCCACCUUGUUCAUCUGCAAAGAGAUUUUUGGCUCUUUGAAAAUUCAUAACUUCAUCAUCAAAGUGCUAAUCCAAUAAAAGAAACCAAAAAACCUCUAGUCAUAUGGAGAAAGAGAUAAAGUAAGUGAAAAUUCCCUAAAAUAAAAUAUGGCAAGGAACUUGAACUCUUCAGACACACUGGCGGCCGGAAAGUAAAACAGUACAACCACUUCGGAAAACGGUCUGGCCCUUUCUUAUAAAGUUAAAUAUAUAGUUAUAUUAUAGCUCUAAAAUUCUACUUCUAGGUAUUUACUAAGGAAAAGCAAAAAACAUGAUCACCAAAAGACUGCUGCAUGUUCAUCGCAGCUUAAUGUGCAAAUAAUGCAAAUGCCCAUCAAUAAAUGAAUGGAUAAAUUGUGGUAUUUUCACAAUGGAAUACUACUCAGCAAUAAAAACGAAAUAACUGCCAAUACAUGUAAUAUUAUUGGCAGACAUUGUUGAGGGAAAGAAGCCAGACACAAAAGAAUGUCUAAUAUGAGAUUCAAUUUAUAUGAAGAAGCAAAACUAAUCUAUGGUAUUAGGAAUUAGAUCAGUGAUUGCUCGGGUCAAGUAAGGGGCAGGCAGGGAGGAAAUCUGCUACAAAGAGGAAAGUUUCUGGGAUGAUGGGAGUUUUCUGUAUCAUGAUCUGGAUGAUAGUUACACAGGAAUAUACAGUUGUCAAACUUCAUCAAACAGUAAACUUAAAAUGUGUAACAAUGAUACCUUAUAAAUAAAUUUGAUUAACAAGAAAAAAAUGUCUGGCAAGGAGACUGGAAUAGCACACCUUCUCUUGUGAAACCAUCAUGGAGUAUAAAUGGUAAGGAAAAGUGAGUAAUAGCUAUACUUUUGAUAACUUCAACUCUACUGAAUAAUAUAUAUCUGAUAGGUGAAAAUAGUUGACCCUUGAACAACAUGGGGGUUAGGGGUGCUGACCCUCUGUGCAGUUGAAAAUCCAUGUGUAACUUGACAGUUGGCCUCUCCAUAUCCUUGCUUCUGCAUGCAUGGAUUCAGCCAACCAUGGAUCAUGUAGUGCUGUAGUACGUAUUUAGUGGAAAAAAAUCUGCAGAUAAAUGGACCUAUGCAGUUGAAACCUGUGUUGUUCACAGGUCUACUAUAGUUGCCACAAAUCUUCAUACUCUGACUCCUACUGAACAGAAGUAUAUCAGCAUGUGCAAACUUUCAUGCAGAGCCUAAUGAUUCAGAAUUGUGGGUCAUCUGAGAUGAAAGCUUCAAAAAGCUUGGUCGUUCAAUUACUUUGCCAAAAAGAGUUGAGAAUCAAAAUUAAAUGAGCCCUCACAGGCAGGCACACUAACUACAAUAAGAAGCUUUAAAGGGCAAUAAAAGAUAUUACUCAUGAAGUAUAAAUAAAUUUAUAAAGCAGAUUAAAUUAGACUUCUGUGAAAACAGUUUUAGCAAAUCUAUGAAUUUAAUUUUCUACCAUAUUAUAUUACCUUAACGUAAGACUUUAUUUUAGGAUAGAGGAGUAACUGUAUUUUAACUUUUGACUUAAAGCAUUGUCUUGUAGAGACAAUAUUGGGUUUUCUACUGUCCCAACUGAGUAAAUCACUACAUAAUUUUGGGCAUCAGUUUCUUCAAGAGUAAGGAUUGUUAAGGUUCCAUCUAACUCUAUUAUAUCAUUUCUAAAGGGGACAAAAUGCAAAAAUUUAUAAAUCUCUUUUAUGUUUUUUCUACCAGCAGCUUCCCAGAAGAAAGAUAUUUAUUGCUAAAACAGCAUGUAUGGUUAGAAAUAUGGGUUUAGAGAAAAAUAGUAACCUUUUCAACUUAUUGUUUACUUUAAUUGGUAAGUUAUUUUGUUUUUAUCAUCUUUAAUCAGCAAUUGAUCAUUUGAACAGAACAAUGAUUGUGUGGUAUGCACUGUAAUAAACUCAGGAUAUUAGAUAAA